AAACACCACCUCAUCCCACAUCGUGUCAUUCCUUACCGCUCACAUUCGAACACCGCAAAUGCCACCCGUUGCAGUCAUCGAGCGCGAGGCGCCAGAGGUAGUACCUCACGCGCCCAAGCCAGUGCGAUCGCGCCUCCCAGCAGCCCUGCGCGUGCCAAUUCUCAUUACACUGAACCUGGGCAUCAACGCGCUGCUAUGGGAGUUUACAUCGAAUUUCCUGGCCUCGGAGCUCGGGGCUAUUAGCAGGGUCCCGACUGAGAACGACAUCACGUCGUUUUACUCUCCUGCGGCGCGAAUUGCCAUGCGCUGCUUGACUGUCGGACUGGCCUGGUUCUUCAACUACGACUUCAUUGAUGUCAUGGCUCUGGUCGUCCUCACGUACGCGCCCUACACGUACUUGAUCAAUACCUUUUACGAGAUCACGACCGUGACAAGUGUCGUCGACCUCUUCAUCGAAAUCGCGUCCUAUGCCGUGCCCACGUACCUCUUGCGCCCGCGCUCAAUCGUCCACAAGAGCAACGCGCCCCUACGCAACCGCUUUCUGCUUAACAGCAUUCAGGUGCAGCUGUCGAGCGUACUGUUGGCUGCCGGCGUAUACGUCGUUGUACUGUGGAGCGGACUGAAGACUGGUUACCUCAACCUCUUUCUGGUUCAAUUCUUCGACAUUUCCACUCUUGAGGACGCGCAUCUCGAAACCCCCGUCUCGCUAGCCUGCAAGACGCUCAUCGUUGGCACCGCUGCCAAAGCCUUCCUGCUCGACCCUUCGUUUGCCGCCCAGCCGCUUCCCGGUGCCGAGACGCCGGUUGAGGAGUUUGAUCCUUCGACUGCAACGCUCACCCAGACGUUUGAGCACAACUUCUUCAACUUCAGCAAGAGGACGCGCACACUCAUUCAGCAGACAAUCAUCUUGAACACGUUCCUAUUCAUCGGAAACGUGCAAAAGUGCAUGACACUGAAGGGCACCGAGUUUGUCGGCGCACUGGGAUAUGUAGGUGUGUGGGUGGUAGCAAACACUGUGAUUUCGCUGUGGUUUGGAUGGAUUGGCGACACGAGCGCAGACUACGAGCCGUUGUAG